UGAACUUGUUCAUAUUGUUUUAUUGCCACCACCUUCCACAUUAUCCCUUACAACAUAAUAUUACUAAUCAUAUACCAACUUUCCAUAUUUUAUGAAAUAAAAUUACUCCCCAUACCCUUUUUAUAUAGGUUACCAUACCUAAAGGUUAGGUCCGAAGCAGACAAAAAUUCUCCCCACCGAAACGGCAUCCAUUGUUAUCUAGGUUAGUAGGUUACUAUACCUAAAAGUUUGGUCCAAAGCAAAAAAAAAACAAAAACAAAACACAUACGGUUAGAUAAGAAGCCUCUAGAUGAAUGGAGGUAAAGGGCUAUGCAACAAAUCACAAUAAGCAACCAACGGCCAAAACUAUCCUCUCAUCUUCCUCCUCCUUGUCUCCUCAAGACCUCAAGGCUCAACCCGACCCUCGAGCCUCAUCAUCCAACCCAGAAAGCCGGAGACUCCACCAUAUUUGGACCAUCCGAUUUGAUCCGAACCUCCAGCCUCAUCGUCCAACCCGGAUAGCCAGAGACUCCACCAUAUUUGGAUCAUCCGACCUGAACCUCCAGCCUCAUCAUCCAACCCGGAAAGCCGGAGAGUCCGCCAUAUAUGGACCAUCCGAUCCGAGAAUGGGACCAAUAAUGGGCGGGUUUUCACUCUCUUCAGCAUGCCCAUUAGGCCAUUACCCACCUCUUCUCUGAUCUCUAACCACUCAAAGCCUCCCUGCAUGCAUAGGAUCCCGAGUUUGGUUCUCAAUUCAGAUUCAUUCAUUAUGAGUCGGUUUUAGUAAAAUUAUCAAAAAAUAUGUGAUUGGAGACUGAAUUUUAUAACCAAAACUAUUUUCUCAUAUAUCCACGUAUUAAACAUGCUAGGUUCCAAGUGUCAUUUCAAAUCUUUUUAGCAAACUACAUUAAUCUCGUACAUUUGAGUCCCCCCACCCUUCCAAAUUAAACACAUAGAUAUGAGUCUAUGAGAUCGAUAUCAAACUCACUACCCACAUAAACAUAAUAACAUAAACAUAUACACGUUGAUGUUGAUGAUGAUAUUGAUAUUGAUAUUAUCAUGAUGAGUUUUCACCGCUUUCACGAGUCAUGGACCGACAAACUCAACAAGCUAAUCACCGAACUAGCUAGUACACCAACUCCACGCCCUACAUCCUCCUCUGACCACCAACACAUCCGCCACCUCGUCGACAAAGUAGUAACCCACUAUGCUCAAUACUAUGAGAAGAAAGCCGCCACGGCGUGAACCGAUGUCCUCUCAUUAUUUGCCGCUCCAUGGGCUUCUGCCCUCGAGCGGUCUCUAAAUUGGGUGGCGGGCUUUCGGCCCACCACCCUCUUUCACCUCAUCUACACCGAAUCCAGCAUUCGGUUCGAGUCUCAUGUGGCGGAUAUCCUACGGGGGUGCCGCACGGGGGACCUAGGGGAGCUCACGCCGGGCCAGCUGGCCCGGGUGAGUGAGCUCCAGUGCUUGACUGUCCAGGAUGAGAACCAGAUUGGGGAUGAGCUAGGGACGUGGCAGGAGGAGGUGGCCCGGUCCGAGCCCGAGUGGUCCGGGCUUUGUGGGAACGGGCCGGACGGGCUGAACCGUUUGCUUGCGAAGCUUGGGACGGUGGUAGCGAAGGCGGAUGAUCUGAGGAUGAAGACGAUACGACAAGUGGUGGAGCUGUUGACGCCGCAGCAGGCGGCCGAGUUCUUGAUCGCGGCCGCCGAGCUGCAGUUGGGGAUUCGAAGGUGGGGUUUGCAUCUGCAGGAUCGUACACGCAGUGACGAGACGGAGGAGACCAGAUAACUUGGCAGAUAGCCUGCCGGUGGUUAUAACUUAUGUAUGGGUUGCAUACUUGCACUUGCAUGCAUGGCUUGCUUUUUAUUUUUUAAGUUAGUUAUAUUUGUUUUUUUUUUUUUUUUUGAGGGGGAAAAUUGAGUAAAAGUAGUAUUACAAAUCAAGUUUUUAUAGGGGUUGCUAAAUGCAACUUUCAUUUACCAUGUACAACCCAUCUAAAUUCCAAAAUUACCCUUAUUCACUCACAACUCAUUUCUCCCUCUUCCUCUCCUCUCUCAUCACCCUCUUCCUCUUCGAAGAUUUAUGGUUCACGAAAUUUCACAAAUUCGUCCACCAUAAUAACCCAAAUUCGUUUCCAAGCUCUUCAAUCUUUUCGAAAAUGUUGGAAAAUUGAUAAAUGACUAGAUCUUAUAUACAUUUCGGGUUCAAUAUCAAGCGAAUAAGUUUUUUGAAUUUCGUCCAACUUUCUUUCAGAAUUUCGAAGGGAAUACUGGUAUUUCGUGCAAGGUGCACGAAACGGAUCCAAUUGUUUCGUGCAGAGUGCACGAAACAGAAUCAUCUGUUUCGUGUAAUCCACACGAAACAGAAUCAAUUGUUUCGUGUAAUCUACACGAAACGGAAUCAUCUGUUUCGUGUAGUCUACACGAAACAGACAUUACGAAAAAAAAAUUUACUACUUGAAUCUGCGAAAAAAAAUUUACAACCUGCAUCAUAAUUACGAAAAAAAAUCACAACUUACAUCAGAUUGAAAUUCGAUUGGUCAAAAUUAUGGUCCAUUGAAUAUCAAAUUAAAAUAUGUAGAUCUUCGAUGAAGUUUUUUAUAUCUAACAGUUAGAGAGGAGGAGAGAAUAUUUUUAGAGAGAAAAAGGGUUUUUUUAGAAAGAAUAUGAUAAUAAGGGUUUUUUGGGUUUUUUUUAAGGCUGCGUUAGGAAAGUGAGGCUGCGUUUAGCAACCAUGUUUUUAUAUUAUCAAGGAAAUUGAACCGAGGCAACUCCUUUCUGUGAGGGAUUGACUUUAA